GGACAAUCUAAGUAUGCAACCUCGUCUCGCAGGAACAGAUGCAAAUCAAUUAUCGACGCAUCAUUAUUCGUUGGUGGAGUCGAACCUUGGCCUGGUCAGAUGAUUAUGGGUUUCGAACUCCGACAGAGCAGCAGUCUAUGUAUAAGAAGUCUCAUUGUUGGCCUCGUGUGCUUAUCUCCAUCAUCUUGACCGUCGCUGACGACAGAAUACUCAAGGACUCAGAGGCAAAGACAUCAAACAGUGUUUAGGACCAGAAGAUGAAAGAAGAAACACCCAGAAAAAGGCACAGGAAGGUCAGGGUACCAAGUGAGAGGCACCACUUUGGGGAAUAUCCCGGAGCACCUUUCGGGACAACAUGGACUGAUCGCACGGAAUGUUUUCAUGCUGGUGUGCAUCGCCAAUUGGAGCCUGGUAUACAUGGCAAAAAGCGAGCGGGUGCCUUCUCGAUUGUCGUCUCGGGUCAAUACAAAGAUGACAAGGAUGAGGGGGACACAAUCUUAUAUACAGGUUCAGGAGGUUGCAAGCGCAGUGAUGGCACGCGCGAGCAGACCUGUGAUCAGACAUGGUCAGACACUGGAAAUAAAGCACUUUAUAGAUCCUCCAUAACAGGCAAACCCGUGCGCGUUAUUCGGGGCUACGAGCUCGAAUCUGAAUUUGCGCCCUGGGAAGGCUUUCGGUAUGAUGGCUUAUACGUCUGUAAAGAUGCAUGGCAAGAAAAGAACAGAGACGGUCAUUAUGUCAUCUGUCGUUACCGAAUGGAGAGAGUUCCAGGCCAACCACCCUUACGCCGUCGUUCAACGGUUGUCGGCCUUUACAAGCCAAUACCAGGCUUCGAAGAUGUGCAGCCGCUAGCGCCAGGGCCAGCUCCAGUAAAUGGACGCCAAAGAUUCAGGGAUCGGUUGAAGGCCUUGUUGGAUAAUGAUCAACGAAUUCAUGGCCCCUGUAAAGAGCUCCGUCGUUGAGCUCGCUUGCGAACAUGGUAUACGUGAGGCC